UUUUUUUUUUUUUUUAAAUAUUCACAAGUGUGUUGCUGUCCAUUGAUGCUUCUACUUUAUGAGGAAUAUGUGGCCAAGAGGCAUUUAAGGAAACAUGAAUUGUCUGCCAAUGUGGUUCCCAAAGUGGGGGACUUAAGGAAGGAUUUAAAAUCACCAACCAAACAUCCAGUUUUUUUACAUUUAAAAAAAAUCCAUCUUGAAGUUUUUGCAGACGCAAACUGGUGUUUUUGAAGCUGUAUCUUUUGUAGAUUUGUUGAGUCAGUUUACACAAAACAAGAUUGAACUUUUUUUCUUAUUUCCCCUUCAGAUUUAACUACGGAGACCACUUCUGGGAAGUGAAGAGCAGACUCUUCUACUGUGAAUGUGGCUCCUCCCAGUGUAAAUACUCAACCUCAGCUUUGGCCUCGCUGCAGGCCGACAGCACGCCUGAGGACCAGCAGCAGCCCAGCGCGUCACCGGACACCAGCUCGUCUGCUCGGCCUCACAGUCCUUCAUAAAAACAAAAACAAAAACACUUAGCUGCACUACACGCACAGGGACAGGCAGACCCAGCAGGGGCCGCUAGAAUCAAACUGAAAGAAAUCUCCGUGGACCAUUGAUGACAGAGAAGCAGAGGCACAGCGAAGGUCACUGCUCCGUUAUUUCAGCUGAACAUUUGGGGGGGGGGGGGGGGGGGGGGGGGGGGGGGGGCAGUGACAUGUCGCACAGCAAAUGUGAACGAGGACGAUGGAGAAGGAUUUUUACAUUUCAUACAGCAGUUUACUGGGAAUCAAAGGUGCACAAUUUCCUCUUUUUUUUUAACAGAGUUGGUUGUCUUCACUGGAAUUUGAAUGUAACGUAUGGACAUGAUCUGACGAGUUUAAAAGUUAAGGUUAGAAAAUUGGACUAAAGUAGCACGGAACUACAGGGGGGGGCAGCUUUGGUAUAGUUUUUUUUUUGUAAACAAUCCAUUUAAAAAAAAAAAAAAUCACCUACAUGGCCAAAACGUAUUAUACAGUCACUGUUUGUAAAGAUGUCCAGGCACAACAUUUCUCAGAUAAGCAUACUGUCAUCAACGUAUAAAAGAAACCAUCCAAAUUGUCUUGAGUUCUAGGAAUGAAAAGAACGCUCCUCCUGGAGAUGUUUCAAAAAUAUUUGGAUAGUCAUCUUUAGAGAAAAGCCCUGGGAGUCCAUUUAUUCAGCCAGCCCCUGUUGGCCAACUGUGGUACUGCACCUAUAAUUGCGUUUGCACUAAAUAUGUGUCCCGUUUCCCUGACUGACCCCGAGAACGAGGCAAAGGUGUCAGGACUAGAUUACAACUCACUAGAACUGUUGCCCGUCUAUCACUAAACAUUCCCGCUAAAGGAAAAACCUGAAUCUCUUUGUGGUGUCAUUUCAUUUUCAAUGCAGUACGUGAGUGAACGUCCUGACGUUUGCGCUGAAGCGGUUAAUGCUUUUAUUCUGAAAUUAUGUGGGAAAAAGUCAAAUUGUUUUUAUUUUUACUCUUGAGUGAGUCUAGAUUCUCUGAUAGAAUGACGCUGUAUCAUUCCUCCAACCUGAGGCGUUUCUAGGUAAAAUAAAAUUUAAAAAGAAUAAAAGAACUUUUGUAAGCAUGUGUCGGAUAUUUUGCCACAUUUGGAGGAACUGACAAGGAACGCAAAGAAACAUUUAUGGUGCUGAUUUUUUUCUUUGAUUUUUUUAAUUUGUAUAACAUAGUUUGUAAAAUAAGAACACCUACAUUUUUUUUAAGUUUGGAUUUUAUCUCCAUUUUUCUAAAGUAGUUACUGUAGAUCUCUUUUUUGUGUUUGAUGGUUUUUACACCAACAGAAGCCAACGAGUCUUUUUUAAAUGUUGUUAGUAAAGCAGUGACUGUGUUGUAAUGUUUUUCAAAGAAACUAUUGGAAUAAACAGAGGUGAGGCAGCAAAACAAAAAGGAAAAAAAAAAUGAAUUGCACUUUCAUCACGUUCUAUUACUCAUCUCUGGACCGUGAACCAUCAUCUGAUUGGUUGUCUUUUUUCAAUAAAUUUAUUACUAAUCCAUUUCUACUCAUGUACAGUUUCUGUCAUCAUCGUCUGGAAAAUAGUGCAGUGAAUUUGGAUUAGUCCCACAUAAGAACAGGUGAGACACACUUAAAAACUGCCUUCCAUUGUUUGUACUGUAUGUCUGAUCCAGAAAUGUACUGUAGAUAAAAAAAAAUGUUUUGCAGAUUAAAGGACCUUAUAUAUAUAUAUAUAGAUAAAAGCUUUUUAUUUUGGGUUGGGGGCCCAGUCGCUGCUCAACAGGAAGUGAGGCUUUUAGUUCUACCAGAUAAUUAGUGGCUUCCUGAAUCUCGUUGGGCGAAAAUGAAAACAAAAAUCAGUGAUAAACUUCUCUAGUUUCAGAGAUGGUUGGCGGGACAGGAAGCAGCUUUUCCUGCAUUCCACAGUGGGGAAAAAAGUGUGGAAACAGAACAUGAAAAACCCAGUUAAUCUGAAGGGAGAGCAGCAGUCCUGAGCUGACAUCGCAACUGGGACACCCGGCUGGUUCUGUUCUGUUCCUGGGUGGCUCCUGAACUAAGUCAUGAAGAGAGGAGUCCCUCACGGUUCCAGAUGGGAUGAGAGACGUUCCACGGUGGUGUACGCUCUGCGUUCUGCCACGUUGGGCUCCUGGCGGAUGUUGACUCUGGGGGCAGAGUACGUAGACUCCUGGGCCCUGUCAGCCGAACAGUUGCAGCGCAGUGGUCAGAGGGUGGAGGUCAAACAUGAUGAUGAUGCUGAUGCUGCUGCAGCAGAGGAGGUGCAAGAGGAGAAAAACAAGACGGAGCAGGAGGACAUGUGUCCCAGAGAAGUAGGAGGACAGGUGUGGAGAUCUGUGGACUGUCUCACUGAUGACAACAGUUUUCAGAUGGAGGUACUGGGGUCUCCUGGAGAAGACGGUGUCCAUCAUCUUCAUCAUCUUCAUCACCGUCAUCAGUUCAUCUGGAGACAUGAGACCCUCAACAGAAUGGCCCGCUUCUCGGACGAUCUGCCCUCCCGCUACGGAGGAGGAGGAGGAGGAGGUCGAGGCGGAGGAGCCCGAGGUGGAGCAGGUGGAGCCGGGGGUCUCGGUGGAGGUGGUGCCGUCGGCGCUGGUCACCACCAUGGUGGCGCCCCGGGCGGUCAGAGGAUGUACAAGCAGUCGAUGGCUCAGCGAGCGCGGACCAUGGCCAUCUACAACCCGAACCCUGUCAAACAGAACUGUCUCACCGUCAACCGCUCGCUCUUCAUCUUCAGGGAAGACAACAUCAUCAGGAAGUACGCCAAGAGGAUCACGGAGUGGCCUCCAUUCGAAUACAUGAUCCUGGCCACCAUCAUUGCCAACUGCAUCGUCCUCUCACUGGAGCAACAUCUACCUGCCAGCGACAAGACGCCGAUGUCAGAACGUCUGGAUGACACAGAGCCCUACUUCAUUGGAAUAUUCUGUUUUGAGGCCGCCAUUAAGAUCAUCGCCCUGGGCUUUGCCUUCCACAAAGGCUCCUACCUCCGCAACGGCUGGAACGUAAUGGACUUUGUGGUCGUCCUCACCGGGAUAUUGGCUACAGUGGGCUCAGACUUUGACCUGAGGACACUGCGGGCCGUCCGAGUGCUGAGACCCCUAAAACUUGUCUCAGGAAUCCCGAGUCUCCAGGUGGUCCUCAAGUCCAUCAUGAAGGCCAUGGUACCUUUGCUCCAGAUUGGCCUGCUGCUCUUCUUUGCCAUCGUCAUGUUCGCCAUCAUUGGCGUGGAGUUUUACAUGGGAAAGUUCCACACCACCUGCUUCAGGAUAGACACUGGUGAGAUCGCCACUGAUUGGCCUUGUGGUGUGGAACCUCCGGCCCGGUUGUGUCCCAAUGACACUCAGUGCAGAGAAUACUGGACUGGACCCAACUUUGGCAUUACCAACUUCGACAAUAUCCUGUUUGCGGUACUGACUGUGUUCCAGUGCAUCACCAUGGAAGGAUGGGUGGAGAUUCUCUACAGCACCAAUGAUGUCGCAGGAAACACUUGGAACUGGCUCUACUUCAUCCCUCUCAUCAUCAUCGGCUCCUUCUUCAUGCUCAACCUGGUUCUCGGUGUCCUGUCAGGAGAAUUUGCUAAAGAGCGAGAGCGCGUGGAGAAGCGACAGGAGUUCCUGAAGCUGCGACGUCAGCAGCAGAUAGAGAGAGAACUGACAGGAUACCUGGAGUGGAUCUGUAAAGCAGAGGAGGUGUUGUUGGAGGAGGAGGAUGAGAUUGCAGAGGAGAAGUCACCUCUGGAUGGAGCCUGGUACAAGAGGAAACAGAACCUUCCAGUUCUGAAACGAGGCAAAGCUAAGAAAGGUAAAAACGAGCUGAUCGGUGCCGAGGAGGGAGAAGAUCCUUUUGCUGACAUCUCAUCAGUUGCUCCUCCUGGUUCUCCGUUUGGUCGAGCCAGUGUUAAAAGUGGAGGAAAGUUGGACAGCUCCACCUACUUCCGCCGUAAGGAGAAGAGAAUUCGCUUCUUCAUCCGAAGGAUGGUGAAAGCUCAGAGCUUCUACUGGAUCGUCCUGUGUCUGGUGGGACUCAACACUCUGUGUGUGGCCAUCGUUCACUAUGACCAGCCUGAGUGGCUGACAACGGCCCUGUACACAGCAGAGUUUGUAUUUCUGGGUUUGUUCCUCACUGAGAUGACGUUGAAGAUGUAUGGACUCGGAGCGAGAAAUUACUUCCAUUCCUCCUUUAACUGCUUUGAUUUUGGGGUGAUUGUGGGAAGUAUUUUCGAGGUCAUCUGGGACAUGAUCAAACCUGGAGCAUCGUUUGGGAUCAGCGUGUUGAGAGCUCUGCGUCUGCUGAGGAUUUUCAAAGUCACCAAAUACUGGAACUCCCUGAGGAACCUGGUGGUCUCCCUCCUCAACUCCAUGAAAUCCAUCAUCAGCUUGCUCUUCCUUCUUUUCCUGUUCAUCGUGGUCUUUGCUCUGCUGGGGAUGCAGCUCUUUGGAGGACAGUUCAACUUUGAGAAUAAGACCCCGACGACAAACUUUGAUACUUUUCCUGCCGCCAUUCUUACAGUGUUCCAGAUUCUGACGGGUGAAGACUGGAAUGCCGUCAUGUACCAUGGCAUUGAGUCCCAGGGAGGCGUUCGGCGCGGCAUGUUCUCCUCCAUCUACUUCAUCGUCCUGACGCUGUUUGGAAACUACACGCUCCUCAACGUCUUCUUGGCCAUUGCUGUGGACAACCUGGCCAACGCGCAGGAGCUGACAAAGGACGAAGAGGAACAGGAGGAGGCAGCCAAUAAGAAGCUGGCUCUGCAGAAGGCCUUGGAGGUGAAGGAGGUCAGUCCGAUGUCUGCGGCCAACAUCUCCAUUGCUGCUUUUGUAAAGCAAAAUCAAGAUGCAAUCUCUCGCAGGUCGUCCAUCAACAGCAUUCAGUCACCAGACCAGAGGACAACAAAGAGCAAGUCUGUGUGGGAGCAACGGACCAACCAGCUGAGGAGGCACAACAUAAGGGCCAGCAGUGAGGCCCUGUUCAACGAGCUGGACCCGGAAGACCGCCUUCGAUUGACCUCCGCCCUUCACCUGCACCCCGACAUGAAGACUCACCUCGACCGCCCCCUGGUGAUGGAUGGCAGGAACGGUGACAAAACCAGUGAGACGCGUAGCGAAGGCCACGAGGAGGCGGUUGAGGGAGAAAGCCACACGCACUCAAGAAAACACCAUCGCCACCACAACAGGAAUGGAGAGAACAGAGAUGGAGGUGACAACAAGGGAGGAACGAACCACGGUCAUCGGAGCAGGAGAAGGGAUCAAAACGGUGACGGAGUUUUGGGAAAAGAGAGGAAACCAGAGAGACGGUACAGCAGAGAUGUUGGGCAGGGACAUUGGCACCAUCACCACCGUCGGAGUGGUUCUCCCGAGGAGAACGGAGAAACCGAUGGAGGAGACGGCGGACACCAUCGUCCCCAUUAUCAGCAUCCCCCAAAUAAGGGAAAUGGAUCGAUUGGGAACGGAGAGAGGAGAAACGAUGGAGACAACAAGGCGCGAUGUUCUAGGAUGUUGAAGGCUCAGUCCACUCUGAAUGGAGAUGAAUGUAAGAGGAACAGAAAGGGAGUCAGAGGACACAGGGAGAAGCAGACUGAUGCUGAGGACAGUGGCCUCGCCUCCAGCCCUUUACAGCUGAUGCACAGUGACCUGAGUCUCAGCGAGAAACAAGAAGAUGCAGACAACCAGAAGAACUCCACCAGAGCCAGUCAGGCUGGUCUGAACAACAAUGCCAUCCACAUUCCAGUCACCGUCACCUCUCCACCAGGAGAAACCACCAUCAUACCCAUAAACAGCAUGGACUGUGACAACUUCCAAAUCAGUGAGGAGAAGAAGGAUCUAGAGGAGGAGGGGAACUCGGAGGCGGCAGCUAAUGGGCCUCGGCAGAUUCUCCCCUACAGCUCCAUGUUCAUCUUUGGCCAGACAAACCCUGUGAGACAACUGUGUCACUAUGUGGUGAACCUCCGCUACUUUGAGAUGUGCAUCCUGGUGGUCAUCACUAUGAGCAGCAUCGCUCUGGCAGCUGAGGAUCCUGUACAAGCUAACGCUCCGCGCAACAAUGUUCUAAAAUACCUAGACUAUGUCUUUACUGGAGUCUUCACAUUUGAGAUGGUGAUAAAGAUGAUUGACCUAGGCCUCCUCCUCCACCCUGGCUCUUAUUUCCGUGACCUGUGGAACAUCCUUGACUUCAUCGUGGUCAGUGGAGCCCUGGUGGCCUUCGCCUGCUCAUCGCAGCAAAGCGUAGCCAGAGGGACCAAAGGCAAGGACAUCAACACCAUCAAGUCCCUCAGGGUUCUGAGAGUCCUGAGACCGCUGAAGACCAUCAAACGGCUGCCCAAGCUCAAGGCUGUUUUUGACUGUGUGGUCAACUCUCUGAAGAACGUGCUCAACAUUCUCAUCGUCUACAUCCUCUUCAUGUUCAUCUUCGCUGUCAUCGCUGUGCAGCUCUUUAAAGGCAAAUUCUUCUACUGCACCGAUGAAUCCAAAGCUCUCGAGAAAGACUGCAGAGGUCAGUUUCUAGACUACGACCGGGACAACGUUGAAGCUCAGCCCAGGGAGUGGAAGAAGUACGAGUUCCACUACGACAACGUUCUCUGGGCUUUUCUGACUCUCUUCACUGUUUCCACUGGAGAAGGCUGGCCAAUGGUCCUUAAACACUCCGUGGACGCCACCUACGAGGACCAGGGUCCCAGCCCAGGCUUCCGCAUGGAGACGUCCAUCUUUUACGUGGUCUACUUUGUGGUUUUUCCUUUCUUCUUCGUCAACAUAUUUGUUGCCUUGAUCAUCAUCACUUUCCAGGAGCAGGGAGACAAAGCUAUGUCUGAGUGUAGCCUGGAAAAGAAUGAGAGAGCUUGCAUUGACUUUGCCAUCAACGCCAGGCCACUGACCAGAUACAUGCCACAGAACAAGCUCUCCUUCCAGUACAAGAUGUGGAGGUUUGUGGUGUCGCCUCCGUUUGAGUACGCCAUCAUGAUCUUGAUCGCUCUCAACACCGUGGUGUUGAUGAUGAAGUUCUACGAAGCUCCAGUCUGGUACGAGUCCAUGCUGAAGUACUUGAACAUCACCUUCACAGCUCUCUUCACUUUGGAGUGCAUCCUCAAGAUCAUUGCCUUUGGUCCAUUAAACUACCUGAAGGCUGCGUGGAAUGUGUUUGACUUUGUGACUGUACUGGGCAGCAUCACAGACAUCCUGGUCACUGAGAUUAAGGACAAAAUGAUCAACCUGAGUUUUCUGCGACUCUUCAGAGCUGCUCGCCUCAUCAAGCUGCUGCGUCAGGGCUACACCAUCCGCAUCCUGCUCUGGACCUUUGUCCAGUCCUUCAAGGCAUUGCCUUACGUCUGCCUGCUCAUCGCCAUGCUUUUCUUCAUCUACGCUAUCAUUGGCAUGCAGGUGUUUGGAAACAUUGAGCUGAACGAUGAAUCCUCCAUCAAUCGUCACAACAACUUCCAGACCUUUUUCCAGGCCUUGACUCUUCUCUUCAGGAGUGCCACAGGUGAAGCCUGGCAUGAGAUCAUGUUGGCCUGCCUCAGUAACAGAGCGUGUGAUCAACUCUCAGGAUCAGUGGGCAAAGAGUGUGGAAGUGACUUCGCCUAUUUCUACUUUGUCUCCUUCAUCUUCCUUUGCUCUUUCCUGAUGUUGAACCUCUUUGUUGCUGUCAUCAUGGACAACUUUGAGUACCUCACCAGAGACGCCUCCAUUCUGGGCCCUCAUCACCUGGAUGAAUUCAUCCGAGUGUGGGCGGAGUACGACCCCGCAGCGUGUGGCCGCAUGACUUACUGUGAUAUGUACAAGAUGCUCCGUGAUAUGUCCCCACCACUAGGUUUGGGGAAGAAAUGUCCAUCCAGAGUUGCCUAUAAGCGUCUGGUGAAGAUGAACAUGCCCAUAUCUGAGGACAACACUGUCCAGUUCACUUCCACACUCAUGGCUUUAAUUCGCACAGCGCUGGAAAUCAAACUUGCCUCAGGAGUCCUGGCUCAGCAUCUGUGUGAUGCUGACCUGAAGAGAGAGAUCAACAGAGUUUGGCCGAAUCUGUCACAGAAAACUGUGGACCUCCUGGUGACUCCACACAAAUACAACGAGCUGACAGUCGGGAAGGUCUACGCUGCUCACAUGAUCUUUGACUACUACAAACAGAACCGAGCCAGGAGGCUGCAGCAGCAGCACCCCUCUGGACCGCAGAGUAAACUGGGGGCCCUGUUCAGACCGAUACUCCCCCUCACUCACCUAAGGGAAGUCGAACCAAAAACCUGCAGCCCCAAACAGCCCCUCCCAGCCAAGGAGGAUGAGAAACCAGCAGCACUUCCCACUUCUGACACCCACUGUACCACAAAUACCAGCAGAGCAGCUCCAUCCACCACCGCAUCAACACACAGAGACAUCAUACUGAACCAGAGGAAUUGCAUCAAACAUUCCCAGUCUGGAGACUUUUCCCAGGGAGCUCAACGGCCCAAACCUCAGAGGAUAUUACAGAGGGGUCAGUCCGAGGAUGUGCCGUACACCACCAGAACUCAAGAACAGGAUGUGGUCGAUGUGCCUGAGCUUACAGAGGGGGAGAACCUUUCAGAUGCAGAAGGAUAUCCCAACCUGGGCAGCCCUUACAGAGCCGCCUCGCUUCCCAGACUGAACGCCGAGUAUUAUCGGAGCUACCCUCGCCACGACCCUGGGACUCACCUGGCACCAAUCAUUGACCUUAGUCCAAUCAGGCGCUCAGCGUCCUCGCUGACACCUCUACGCCAACACGAGCUGUAUCUCAGGGAGUACCACCUGGAUCGUCCCGGCCAGGCUCGGUCCUACACAGUACCCGAACAGGUUCUGGAACAGGACAGAGUCCACCAACAACACCACCACCACCACCGCUGCCAUAGACGCAGAGACAAAGACAAGAAGCAGAAGUCCCUGGACAGAGGAGCCACGGUGAAACCCUCUGGCACUGUUGACUCCUUCACAGACCCUUUGGCUGAAGGUGUGUGUAGAGAACGGCCAAGGGAGCGUGACCGCAGUCGUCCUCACGAGAGGAGGCAUCACUCCUCAGCCGGAGAGAAGCAGCGUUACUACUCCUGUGAACGGUAUGGCAGCAGGCAGCAGUGUCACACCAGGUCAGCUGGUCCCAGUAGGUCCACGUCUCCUGGCGAGGGACAUGAGAAUGUGUUCCUCAAACAGCAUGGUAGCAGUGUCAGCAAAAUUGGCCCUGGAACCUUGGACUCCAGCGUUCCGGCCCGUAACCGCAGGCAGUUGCCACAGACGCCCCUCACUCCUCGUCCAGCUGUUUCCUACAAGACCGCCAGCGCGUCGACUGCGCAGCCCAGUGCUGCUGUGACAACAACAGGGCAUCAGACUCGGUUUAUACGUGGGCUCUCAGAGCACGAGCGACUCCUUGGACAUCACAGUGAGUCCACAAUUCCGGUCACACGUAUUGGCUCUGACACUCAUUUAAACCGGCAGCAACCGGAAGCUUUACCUCCAAACCUCCUGGAGGACACAGAGGACUUUCACGAUGCUGUGAGUAGUCAUGGAGGAGCAGGACGUUUUGCCAGAACUUUUCCCUCAACUGCAACGGGAACUUCUGCUGCGCCUGUGACAGUGCCAGUCACACAGGGAAGAACAGUUACUGUGCCAAAUGGAUACCACUUCACCCUGAACUCCGUGUCUGGGCCUGGAAAUAGAGGAGCAGAAAGUCUCAGGGACCGGGACGAAGAAGACUGGUGCUAGUCUGCUUCAUGUGCAUGUGGAACCAGAGGGCUUGGUGGAGGACAGAGGGACAAAGACACUAAAAUAAGAGCACACGGGAACGCACUAGUGGAAGUGUUCAGAUUGCACGAUUGGAGUCUGAGCAGAAGACAAAAGCCAAAUCAUGUGAUUCAAGGAAAUCUAUUGACUGUCAGAGUACGUUGAAUUGUCAUUGUUGCUGUCUUUACCGUUGGUCGUCUGCUAAACAAUGGCAUUUUCCUGUUUCUUGCGUUAAUGGUGACAUCAUUGCUGUCACGACAUCUUUUCAAGUUCUUCGUUUUUCUCCAAAUCCCUGAGAGCUGCUCUAUAGUUUGAAGACACGCUUAAGUAGUUUUCUGUCAGAUUUUUCCCCACAAUUCCCCAGUCGGCAUCAGUCUUCACUACUUGUGGAUAGUCACUGUGGAUAAUUAAUGUGUAGGGGGGAAACCAAACACUUGACAGACCCGUCCACAGCCAUCUGAGAUUUUGAUCUGGACUCAAUUAUGUGGCGUGAACUGACUGCCAACUCAGACAGUUUGUUUGUUUACCCUUUAAACACAUGAAGGUGGUGACAAUGUGGAUGAUGAUGAGGAUGUCCGUUGUUUUUUGUUGGUUUGAUAAAUCAUGUAGUCUGUAAUCACCAGAAGCAGAUGUUUAGUGUAUGACCCCCCAGUCUAUCAGCAGUCGUAGAAAAACCAUUUGUGUUUGACAGUGUAACCAGUGGAUCACGACCUGGAAUACAGUCUUUUAUCAAUAUGAAAAUAUUCGGGUCCACAUUCCCGUCAUGUCACCUUCCUAGUAAACAGAAAGCAAACAUUUUUAUUAAUUCAAGCUUGGACAGCGUUUUUUAAAUAAUAGUUUUUUUCUUAAACCACUCUACGCCAUGUAAAUUUAAAACUUGGGGUCAGGUCCAGAUUAAACUGUGUGACUCUUCUGUGAUAUGUUGGUACUGAAAAACAAGUGCCUUAUUUUUUUUAAGGUGGUUUCUCAUUCUAGUAUAUGCAUAGCACUUAAGUAGUGUUCUGUACAUGUAUGUGGCUGAGUGGUGUUUACGGGUCAGUUCACACUGAUUUCAAAUGAACUCUGACGUGACACUUCAUCGUGUGAUGUAACCAAAAAAGGGGUGAGAAAUUAACUUCUGAACAUCAACACGGACCAGGCGGAUCCUUGUAGAUCCUAAUUCUUGAAAAGGUGGAACCUGGUCCAUUACUAUGCAGACUAAGGAUCACUCUAUACAAAGGCUACAAAUAAUCCAACCUGAAAACACAGACGACUCCGCCAAACUUGACCCUUCAACCAGGGCACUAAGUGAACCAAGACUCAAUACAGAAAUUUAGAAUUAAUACAUUUUUUCCGUACAUCUGUAAAUCAUUUCUGUACAUCGGUCGUCACUUUUGAGUGGCAUAUUUCUGGUUCAAGACCAAGAAAAUAGAACAUAUUGGUUUUAACAGGUCUACAGUGGCAUAGAUGUAGUACCCUUAUCUGCCACCAGAAGAUUGCGGGCUGGAUAUAAUUUAGUCACCAAAUCCCAGGUUGGAUUGCCUCAGGAAACCCGUUUGAAUUUGAAGACGUCUGCCAAAUAACUAUAUAGUACAGCAAAGCCCCUCUCUGCCCCUGUGCCCCCUUUUUGAAGUGUGGCCAAUAUUCUUCUUUCAAAGUCUAUAAACGAAUCCAAUAUACAACCAUCUUUCAAGGUGUGGUGCAUUCUGUGGAAUUUUUGGAGAGCAGUUUUUUUUGUGACAGUCCUGUUUUGUAACUAACUUUGUCGUAGGUAAAUUGAAGAAGUAACGUAGUGCAUGCUGGGGGUUUGAUCAUGUCCAAAAAAAAUAGUCUUUGUACGUUUACAAAAAAGGGCGGGUGGUAAAUAGCUGCCUUUUUUUUCAAAUACACUGCCAGUCUGAUAAAAGAAAGUGCCAUUGUUUUAAUCAACCACUGUCUCAGUGUCACUCCAACACAGAAUGUUUACAGUUUGGUGUUUGAUGUUGGUCAUAUCUGCCCAGACUCUGGAGAGCAGGGUGUAAGGGGUGAGUGUUUGUAGGUGAUUCUGCAUAUAGCAUGAAACACUCUUACAGCUAUAACACAGAGUUGCAUUGUUGUUGUUGUUGUUGUUGUUCACUUCUAAAGUAGGGCUAUGCAAAAAGAAAACACUUCAUCUGCCCUGUAGCUUUAUGACCCUGUGGAUAAACACGUUUCAUGUACUUUGAAGAUUUGUAAAUUGUAAAAAAUAAUCCAUGAUGUACAGAUAAUUUUAGGAUAACCACAGAUAAAGACAUUCUCUCUCUUUUUUCAGCACAGACAUUGAUUAAAUCCUCUGGGCUUUUUUCAAGUCCAAACAUUGAGUCCAUAAUCUCAGCCCAGAUUAAACACCCAGGAUAUAAAGCAGUGUUUGUUGCACACGUGGAUCAAGUUGUAUUUUUCUUAAAGUUGUUUUUUUUUUAUUUAUUUUAAAUUGUGUAAGCUAUCUGUGAUCCUGUCGAUCUUUGCAAAACUGAACUGACCUGAACUACCUAAACAAACACAGUUUACUCUCACAGCUCGUUUACUGCCUUCUCCAGGAGUUACAGUCAUGAGGUUACAUCAGGGUAAAAAAAAAAAAAGUUUUUGCUCCUUCGCAAUAUCACAAUAGAAAAUUUGCAUAAUUUUUAUGGAACUCGUAAGAUGGAGUAUUGUUUGGCUAACAACAUUGUAUCCUACCAAUCAUUCAGUUAGUAUGAACGAUUGAACGGCCAUUUUAUUGACUGUUUCCAACCAGUUUAGCAUUUUUAGGCUAACUACCAGCUUACACAGUUUUAGUUUUAGCUAUUUGACUUUGCCAAAGUCU